GAGGAGCAGGAGAAGAAAAGAGAGAGGGAGUGAGGGACGCCAAGAAGCUUGGAAGAGAGAGGGGAAAAAAGAACUUUUUUGGAGGGUGUCUUUCUGCUCUCGUACAACAUGCAGAACACCCGGGCUUUGAUCUUCAUGUUAACCUUCCAGAUCUGCUCUUUGGAGACCGAGACGCCUACAGCUGGCUGUACUUUUGAAGAAGACGGGGACUUAAACCAGUGUGAAUAUAGCCAAGGGGUUGAGGAUGACUUUGACUGGGAGCUGACCCGGAGCUACCUCAUGCCCCACCUGACAUCUGAUCUUCCUCAUGGGUCCUACCUGAUGGUCAACUCCUCUCAACAUGCUCAGGGCCAGAAAGCUCACAUCCUCUUCCAGACACUCAGUGAGAACGACACCCACUGCCUCCAGUUCAGCUACUUCAUGUACAGCCGGGACGGCCACAGCCCAGGGACCCUGAACGUCUACGUGAAGGUGAACGGGGGUCCGCUGGGCAGUGUGGUGUGGAAUGUCUCUGGCUCCCAUGGGCGGCAGUGGCACCAAGUGGAACUAUCCGUCAGCAUGUUUUGGCCCAAUGAGUACCAGGUCCUGUUUGAGGCAGUAGUCUCCAGUGAGCACAGAGGGUACCUAGGUUUGGAUGACAUCCUGCUCUUGAACUAUCCCUGCUCUAAAGCACCUCAUUUUUCCCGCCUGGGUGAUGUGGAGGUGAAUGCCGGUCAGAACGCCACCUUCCAGUGUGUUGCUUCCGGCAAGGCUUCUGAAGCAGAGAGGUUCCUUAUGCAGAGGCAGAAUGGAGCAAUUGUCCCGGCAGCUUCCGUGAAACACAUCAGCCACCGGAGAUUCCUGGCUUCCUUUCAACUGGAUAAAGUUUCCAACGGAGACCAGGACUUUUACCGUUGCGUUACCCAGUCUGGCAGGGGCUCUGGCGUCUCCAACUUUGCAGAACUGAUUGUGAAAGAGCCCCCUACACCCAUUGCACCCCCACAGCUGCUGAGAGCAGGCUCGACGUACCUAAUCAUCCAGCUCAACACCAAUUCCAUUAUUGGAGAUGGCCCCAUUGUAAGGAAGGAAAUUGAGUACCGAAUGACCUCUGGGCCAUGGUCGGAGGUUCAUGCUGUGAACAUGCAGACCUACAAGUUGUGGCACUUGGACCCAGACACGGAAUAUGAGAUCAGUGUGCUGCUUACCCGGCCAGGGGAUGGAGGGACCGGCAAACCUGGGCCUCCCCUCAUCAGCAGGACAAAGUGUGCAGAACCCAUGAGGGCUCCCAAGGGCCUCGCGUUUGCCGAGAUCCAGUCCAGGCAGCUGACCCUUCAGUGGGAACCUCUGGGCUACAACCUGACGCGAUGUCACACUUACACUGUCACGCUCUGCUAUCGCUAUGCCGUGGGCACUGGCCACAACCAGACGUUCCGGGAGUGCGUGAAGAUGGAGCGCAACGCCAACCGCUACACCAUCAAGAACCUCCUCCCCUACAAAAAUGUCCAUGUCAAGCUCAUCCUCUCCAACCCCGAGGGGCGGAAAGAAGGGAAAGAGAUGAUAUUUCAGACGGAUGAAGAUGUCCCUGGAGGCAUUGCUUCGGAGUCCCUCACAUUCACCCCCUUGGAGGACAUGAUUUUUCUGAAAUGGGAGGAACCAGUGGAGCCCAAUGGCCUCAUCACACAGUACGAGAUCAGCUACCAGAGCAUUGAAUCCUCUGACCCAGCGGUCAAUGUCCCUGGCCCACGACGUACCGUCUCCAAGCUCCGAAAUGAAACUUACCAUGUUUUCUCCAACCUGCAUCCCGGGACAACCUACCUCUUCUCAGUGCGGGCACGGACUGGCAAGGGAUUUGGCCAAACGGCUCUGACCGAGAUCACUACUAACAUCUCAGCUCCUAGCUUCGAUUAUGGGGACAUGCCCUCCCCUCUGGGAGAGUCGGAGAGCACCAUCACCAUUCUGCUGAGGCCGGCACAGGGCAGAGGUGCCCCUAUCAGCACAUACCAAGUCGUUGUGGAAGAAGACAGGCCUAGGAAGGUCAAGCGGGAGGUGGGGGGCCAGGAAUGCUUUCCGGUGCCCCUAACCUUUGACGACGCCAUGUCCCGUGGCUCAGUUCACUACUUUGGAGCAGAGCUGCCCCCCAGCAGCCUCACAGAAGCCAAGCCCUUCACGGUAGGGGACAACCAAACCUACAGCGGCUACUGGAAUCCACCGCUGGAGCCCAAGAAGGCCUAUCUCAUCUACUUCCAGGCCAUGAGCCAUCUCAAAGGGGAAACAAGGCUGAAUUGCAUCCGAAUAGCCCGGAAAGCUGCCUGCAAAGAGAGCAAGCGUCCCCUGGAAGUGUCCCAGCACUCGGAGGAAAUGGGCCUCAUCCUGGGCAUUUGCGCCGGAGGACUGGUGGUGUUGAUCAUCCUCCUGGGGGCCAUCAUUGUCGUCAUACGGAAAGGGAGGAACUACUAUUCCUAUUCCUAUUACCCGAAACCGGUCAACAUGGCCAAAGCGACGAUCAACUACCGCAAUGAGAAGACACACAUGAUGAGUGCAAUUGAUCGAAGUUUUACGGAUCAAAGUACCCUGCAGGAAGAUGAGAGGCUGGGCCUGUCCUUCAUGGACACACACAACUACAGUAACAGAGGUGACCAGCGCAGCAGUGUUGUCAAUGAGUCCAGCAGCUUGUUAGGGGGUUCCCCUCGACGGCAGUGUGGGCGCAAAGGUUCCCCCUACCACACCGGGCAGCUCCAUCCUGCUGUCCGAGUGGCUGAUCUUCUCCAGCACAUCAACCAGAUGAAGACUGCAGAAGGCUAUGGCUUCAAACAGGAGUAUGAGAGUUUCUUUGAAGGCUGGGAUGCUUCAAAGAAGAAAGACAAGACCAAAGGGAGACAGGAUCACAUGCCAACCUAUGAUCGGCAUCGAGUUAAGCUCCAUCCACUUCUUGGGGACCCCAACUCGGACUAUAUCAAUGCCAACUACAUUGAUGGUUACCACAGAUCCAACCACUUCAUAGCCACUCAAGGCCCCAAACAGGAGAUGAUCUAUGAUUUCUGGCGGAUGGUGUGGCAGGAGCACUGUUCUAGCAUAGUGAUGAUAACCAAACUGGUUGAAGUGGGAAGGGUCAAGUGCUCCAAAUACUGGCCAGAUGACUCAGAGAUGUAUGGCGACAUCAAAAUUACCCAGGUGAAGUCGGAGACAUUGGCGGAAUAUGUCGUGAGGACGUUCACGUUGGAGAGGAGGGGCUACUCAGCAAGGCAUGAAGUAAAGCAGUUCCACUUCACAUCAUGGCCAGAACAUGGGGUGCCUUACCAUGCAACUGGGCUCCUGGCAUUCAUCCGCAGAGUGAAGGCCUCCACGCCUCCCGAUGCAGGACCCAUCGUUAUUCAUUGCAGUGCCGGCACAGGGAGGACAGGCUGUUACAUCGUCUUGGACGUGAUGCUGGAUAUGGCUGAGUGUGAGGGCGUUGUAGACAUUUACAACUGUGUGAAGACACUGUGCUCACGGAGGAUCAACAUGAUCCAGACUGAGGAGCAAUACGUCUUCAUCCAUGACGCCAUCUUGGAAGCCUGCCUGUGUGGAGAGACCAGUAUCCCUGUCAGUGAAUUCAGGCCCACAUACAAAGAGAUGGUCAGGAUAGAUCCUCAGAGCAACUCGUCACAGCUGCGGGAGGAGUUCCAGCAGACUCUGAAUUCUGUAACACCCCACCUGGAUGUGGAGGAGUGCAGCAUCGCCCUUCUGCCGCGCAACCGGGAGAAGAAUCGCAGUAUGGACGUGCUGCCUCCAGACCGGUGCCUCCCCUUCUUGAUCUCCAUGGACGGAGACAGCAACAACUACAUCAACGCGGCCUUAACCGAUAGCUACACAAAGAGUGCUGCCUUCAUUGUGACCUUACACCCACUACAGAACACAACCACAGACUUCUGGAGGCUGGUGUAUGACUAUGGCUGCACCUCCAUUGUCAUGCUGAACCAGCUCAAUCAGUCCAACUCUGCCUGGCCUUGUUUACAAUAUUGGCCUGAGCCAGGACUCCAGCAGUAUGGACCAAUGGAAGUGGAAUAUGUUUCUAGGUCAGCUGAUGAGGAUGUUGUCGCUCGUCUUUUCCGGGUUCAGAAUGUAACACGGUUACAGGAAGGGCACCUGAUGGUUCGACACUUUCAGUACCUGCGGUGGUCAGCUUACCGAGACACCCCUGAUUCAAAGAAAUCCUUCCUGCAUUUAUUAGCCCAAGUGGAUAAAUGGCAGGGGGAGAGCGGCGAUGGAAGGACAAUCGUCCAUUGUUUAAAUGGGGGAGGCCGGAGUGGCACCUUCUGUGCCUGCACCAUGAUCUUGGAGAUGAUCAAGUGUCACAAGCUGGUGGAUGUUUUCUUCGCUGCAAAGACCCUCCGCAACUACAAGCCAAAUAUGGUCGAGACCUUUGAACAGUACCACUUCUGCUAUGACAUAGCCCUGGAAUACCUGGAGUCACUGGAGACCAGAUAGCACCUUGCCAGAAGCACGCAGGCAAGUGUUUGUUUUGGGUUUGUGCCAAACAUGCAUUUUGCAUCCAGACUUUUGAGUAAGAGCAAGAAGGAGGAGAAGAGAAGAGAAUACAAGGAAAAGAACGAAAACUAAAAAGGCAAGAUAUGGGGCCAUGUUGUCCAUCCCCUACCUUCAUCUUUCCUCCUAAGCUUCUGCUCCCACUCCUCCAGCUGCUGGCAGAGCAGAGCCUACACAAACUCAUCCCAUCUACAAAACGGUUGUGUAUGUGCCAGCCUGGAGUUUGGCACCUGUGUGUUGUUUGUGCAUGUAUGGACACCGGUGUGCUGGAAGAGCAUCAGGCUUAAUCUCCUUGUGACUGCACCAAUCAAAGGAUCCAUGCCACCGAGACUGGGAGGAGAGCUGAAGUCCAGCAUCUUUCACAACGACCACAGGAUAUUCGAAGAAACAGAGGUGUUCUGAAAGCUUAUAAGAAGCUCUUUGAAGGCGAUCAUGCAAAAUCUUGGCAACCAUCCUUCUGUGGGAAAGUGUGCGCCAUCUUGGACUGACAGUGAAAAUUGGGACAUGUACAGUUUUUCGCUCUUUGUUUAUAACCCUACGUUUAUUGUUUCCAGACUAAUGCCUGCCUCCAAAGAGUGUUUCUGAAUUUA